AUGAAUAAGAAGCGUGGUGCCCCCGCGGACGGGCCUGGGGGUUCAUCUUCCAAGGUAAGAAAGAUGGAGAAUGCGACGAAGUUCUAUGCAGUCAAAACUGGGAGAAAGCCUGGCGUUUACCUGAAUUACGACGACUGCAAGGCGCAGACGACAGGGUUUAGCGGUGCAGCUUUCAAAUCAUUUAAAACACGAAAGGAAGCACAGGACUACAUUGAAGGCAAGGUUACCUCAUCGGCGGCUAAUGGCCCUGCCAAGUUCUAUGCUGUGGCAGUGGGCAGCAAACCGGGCAUAUAUCACGACUGGGCGGUAGCUCAGCCACAUACUAUGGGUGCUAGUAAGCCUAAGUACAAGAAAUUCAACACACAACACGAGGCGGAGGCUUUCAUCAGAGAGAACGCGACCCCGGAGACUUGCGAGGCCUUGGGGUUGAAAUCUAGUCAAGCGCGAGUUUCACAUCCGUACACAGGAGCCGCCUUCGAACCUGCCGAGCCAGUGGCAAGGGAGGUCAAACCCAGAGCACCAAGAAAUGUGUUCGAAUCUGAACCCGUAAACGAACCUCCAAGUGGGACUCUCAAGAUCUACACUGAUGGCAGCAGUCUUGCGAAUGGACAGGCUGGCUCGCGCGCUGGUCUGGGAGUCUACUUUGGUCGCGACGACGAGCGAAACCAUUCAGAGCGUCUCCCGGGCGAGCCACAAACAAAUCAGCGCGCUGAAUUGAUGGCGAUGCUGCGGGCUCUGGAGAUUGCACCACUGACACAAGACGUGCAGAUCUUGACUGACAGCCAAUACUCAAUCAAGUGCGCGACCGUUUGGGCUGUUACCUGGGAGAGGAAGAACUGGGAGACGUCGUCGGGAGGUCAAGUCAAGAAUCAAGACAUCAUACGAGACUUGCUGGCCAAGAUGAAGGAGAGAACCCAGGCCGGGGCGACAACUACUUUCCAAUGGGUCAAAGGACAUGCAAAUGACCCGGGUAACAACGAAGCAGAUCGUCUUGCGAACAUAGGAUCCAGGAUGCCAGCUGUUGUUUAA